UGUGCACGUUCAGGGACUUACAUAAGCGAUUGCUACCAAUGUUAGGAAUCAUAACUGCUCUGAUGAAAGUUUCAGGCGCACAGUCCCAAAUCACGCUGAGCACAAUUGACUGACUUGGUUUCAAGCCGGACUUCGAUCGCAACCGACAGCUCUUGGUCCACCUCUGCCGAUUGUCAUCAUGUCUCCUGUUACCGCCUGUCUGCUGGCCCUGCUGACGGUGGGGUUCCUGGUGGUCGAGCACAACGCCCAGCGCAUCCAAGAGGUAGAAGCUGACGUCAUGGCGGUGGAAGAAGCCGAACGUGGCACGAGUGUGUCAGACAAGAUAACGCAAUUGACCCAGGACAUGGAGACGUGUGUAGACAACGAAGACCGGGACUGCUUUAUGGCGUUUUUCGACGAUAAUAUCCGAAUUAUGCGGGAGCAUCAACCAGUUCAGAUAGGAAAAACUGAGGCCCGAAAACACACGAAGUGGAUAUUGCAUGAUUUCGACGCGACCUUGGAAAUAAAGGAGAUCACACCUAGUACAGACGGAUCCAUCGUUGUGGAGCGGCUUGAGUUGACCAUGCAAUUCCCCAACGGAACUUUUAUCUUUAACGGGAAGCUACUGUUUGUUUGGAAGAAAGUCAUCAACGACUACAAGGUCUACAUCGACAUAUCCAAUGACAACUAACACGCGUACGCUGUAAAUGAUGGCUCUAAACAUGACGGCACGGAAAGACACGGAUUGAACAAAAAUUCAAAUUACCGGAUAAUUUAUGAAUUACUAAAUUUGAACACUGAAGGUGUAUUAAUACAAUCAAGUAAUACUGUCGAAAUUCGAGUUUUAAAUUGGGGGUGAGGGGUCAAACAUAUUAAAAGUAAACCGUAAAGGGGUAAAUGUUGUAAUAGUCUUUUUGAACUUGAAGAGACCAAGCCAUUAAAGUCCCUGUCACACUUUUGCGUAUCCUAAUUCCCUAUGAGUUCCUUAUCAAAAUUUGUCAAUACGCAGCCGUA